AUGGCGACUGCUAAAUAAGUUUAGGUUAGCCUAUUAAAGUCAGGCGUUAGCUAUAUUGGUGACGAAGUCUCUAGUGUCCUCCCGCACGGGAAGUUCAACUGCUUUUCGACUCUAGCCCAGAGGAUCUGUCCCUCGAAGGUGGAUGCAACUUCCGGCACUUCUGUCUCCUCCUUGCCUUGCGGCUUCUUGAGUAGGCGGAUUAUGGAUUUCUGUGGUCCUGCUACGGGCGAUUGGAGGAGCUUGAUCCUAAGAUCAAAUCCUUUGGGUCUGUCGGGUUCCAAAGUUUUUCCUUCGACAGCUGCAGGAAAAAGAUUACUGUGGCCUGGGCCAAAACCCCAAUUUUCUCGGCAGACGGAUGACCAUGGGCCCUCAAUCCAAAGUAUGUUGCCGAACAUCUCAUUUCCAACUACAGGAAAGCAGCCAAAACCUACCUGGAUACACAUCUCUUGAGCCUGCACAUGAUUCUUGACUUAGAAUCCGUCCCAGCUUGCCGUGGCCAUAAGUUUUGGACUGUUGCGCCAAUAGAGUAGAUCAACACCUAGCCAUUUUAAUGUAUAUUGCGAUUGCUAAAGCAACUCUUGAUAAUUCAGGUGAGUGCUGGUACGAUUGGUGCCGAAGAUAUACAGGAGUUCGUGAUUUUGUAGUUCAUAAAAAAACAGGCUAUCGACAAUACACUUGGGAAGAAAUCGUUAAGCAUGAUAAAGAAGACGACUGCUGAAUCGUAGUUCACGAAAAAGUAUACGACGUCACCAAAUGGGUGCCUUACCACCCCGGAGGAAAAAUGAUAUACGAUGGCGCAGGUGGCGACUGCACUGGCGUAUGGGAAAGUUAUCACCCUCUUAGCACUCUUGCUCAAGGGAUCCCUCAAAAAUAUUGCAUUGGUGAAGUUAGAGAUUACCAAGACUUCUAUAAGUGGGAUGGCGACUUUUAUAAAAAUUUGAAGCAAAAGGUAGAAGCAGCCAUUCCUUAUGAAAAAAGAAGGAACAGCUUAUGGAUGACUUUUAAAGGCUGCUUCAUAUUUUUCGGCUACUUUUUCGCCCUUUUUAAUUACAUUUAUUUCUGUACUUGGUGGUCUGCUAUAAUUUUAGGAUUUUUUGCAAGCCAAGUUGGAGUCAAUAUUAUGCAUGAUGGAAACCAUGGGGCUUGGACAAGCAAUAAGCAAAUGACAUGGGCUGCUGGAUACUCACUAGACAUAGUAGGCUCUUCAAGCGUAGUUUACAGACGAUCCCAUAACUACGGCCAUCACUCUUGUGUAAACCAUUAUGAGCUUGAUAGAGCUUUUGACACGUCGUUCCCAUGGCUACGCUUGCAUAUGAACCAGCCAAGAUAUUGGUAUCAUAGAUAUCAGCACUUAUACGCCCUUGCCUUAUAUUCUGCCACUAAUCUUGGCGACCUUUUUGGUACCUUUGACGACUUCUUUUGGAUGUCAAAUUUCCCUAAUAGAAGAGGCUCAGCUCUAUUCAAAGACUUUUUAUUGCAAAACUUAGUAAAAGUCUGUUGGCUGUUUUAUGCGAUUUUGAUACCAAGCUAUAUCCAUGGGUAUCUUAAUGUGGUUCCAAUUAUGUCGCUUUAUAUGGGAUCUUUUAGCUUGGGAUAUGCUCUUUUCUUUGCAGUUAACCAUUGGACACUUGAUGCAGGAUUUGUAGAUAACUCUACUAUUGGGAAUAGCAACUGGGGAGUCUUACAAGUAGUUAACUCUGUUAAUUUUGCAUUGGAUUCUUUUCUGUGGACUAAUCUAUCUGGAGGGCUAAAUCAUCAGAUUGAGCAUCACUUAUUCCCUGGUUAUGUGCAUACCAAUUAUCCUGAAAUUGCGAAGAUUGUGCAGGCUGCUUGCAAAGAAAAUGGGUUGAAAUAUGUUCAGUACCCUACGUUCUGGGCAGCUAUAAAGGCUCAUCUUUAUCUACUAGAAACUUUAGGGAAACAUGAUAAGCCUCCUAUAAAGCAAUCAUAA